AAUCAUGUAUAAAUAAUAAAUAAAUACUUAAAUGUGUGAAUUUUUUGUUUAAUCAAGUGCAAAAUUAAGAGAUUAAAUAUGAAAACUUUUGGAUAACAGUGUUUCUUAAUGUGUUUUACUAUUUAAAUGGAUUAAAUCAAAACAGAAAAGACAAAAAUAAACACACUGACUAAAAAUAAAUCUCAGCAUGUGUUUGUAUAUGAGUGUACCCCUUUGGAUAAAUGUGGAACGUAUAACGACAGCUAUCUCGACAACUGCAUCACAGCUGUUUGAUGUCUCUCUAGUCAUAUUUUUAUUAAAUUGUAAAUCGUCAACAGCGGUAGCUACAACAGCAACAGCAGUCGCCGCACCAACAGCGCCAUCAGCAACUACAUUAAAACCAGCACGUCACGAAUGUAAACAAUUGAAGCAACGUCUACAACAACAAACACAAGCAACAAUUUUCACACAAUCGCAAGCAGCACCUUCAUCACCCACAAACACUGCAGCAGAUCAUAAAAUUCCUCACUGUUCGUUACCACCCCAUAUCGUCAACAUCAUCAGUGUAGGUGAUGCCGGUGUUUAAACAACAACAUAAUUAAACAACAAACAAGACAACAACAACAACAAAAAAACAAACAUAAAAUAAUUAAAAAAUUUAAUUAAAGUGCAGAAAAGAAUAAAAUUUUGAAAAAACAAUAUUUAUAUGUGCUAUAUAAUAUAAUAUAGUAAAGUACCUUUAGAAGUGCUUCAGAAAUCCAUAAGUAGAUAUAAAAGUGCAGCAAUCUUUUUGUUUUAGCAAAAAAUUGUUUAUGUUUAGUGCUUAAUAAAGAAGAAAUACAAAUAGAACGAAGAAAAAAACAGGAGAGAAAUCACAUUAAAAAAAAUCUUAAAACUAAAUGUUUUGAUGUCGUGAGAAGAAGAGCAAAACAAUAAACAAACAUAACGAAAGCAGGAAGAAGAAUUAGAGAUGUUUGUGGCCAUAAAUCAAAUGAAAUAUAGUGCCAAAAAGCGAAAAAAGGAAAAGGAGAUGGAGGAGUUGGGUAUAGAGGGGCACGACUAUGACUAUGACAAGGAAAUGCAGGAAGUUAAAGAAAACAAUAUUGUGAUGCCAACAGACAGAACAAAUAUAUUAAGGGAAAAUAACGAUGAAAGCGAACAACAACAACAACAACAGCAGUUGGCAAAACAAAUGAAUGACACGGCAGCACCUUUGCAGAUGCCAGCACAAAGCAAUGGAAAAACAGCACUGGCGAUGGCCUCCUCAACUAAGGAUGUAUCAACAAUAAUAACAGCAAAGGAAAAUAAACAACAAGCAACAAAGAUUACGCCAACAACAACAACAACAUCUACAUUGACAAGUGAACCUGCAGAUAAUACGCCAACAUGUAAAUGGAAAAAUUGCCAAUGCAAUUUACAAAGCGAUCAACAUUUAAAAGGAACUCAACAUCAAAAACAACAACAACAGCAACAGCAGCAGAAAUGGCAGCACCAACAUCACUAUGACUACGAACAACCUUGCCAUCACCAGCCAACAGCGACAACAUGUAAACAAGCAGCUGCUACUACUUCAUCUCCACCUACCCUAAUAACAUCCCUUGCCACUGUUUAUAUUUGUUUGGGCAUACUGACAUUGGCUUUAGCCUCCCUAUCUGUGUUAUUUUACUCACAUGUAGUCUCCUGCACAACAACCUGCCAAAAUUUCACAUCAUCAUCAUCAUCAGCAGCAUCACCAUCUUCACUCCAUAACAGCCAACUGGGAGAUACAAGUUCUUCAUCAAAAAUCCCCAAAGAAUUUUCAUCAUCAUCAUCUCCACCCUCAUCAAUAGUGUCUCCAUCGUUAUUUCGUGAACAAUUUCAGCAGGAAUUAUUUGCGUCGGAACAUGUGCUGCGUGCUAUGGUAGAGCAAAUAUUAUUACAACAAGUAGAACAUCUAGGAAAACAACAGCAACUAAUAAAUGGAAAACCUCUUUCCUUGGGGAAUUUAUCUGAUCAAAGAUACUCAUCAAUUCCCCGAACAACUUUAGUAGAUAAUAAUGAAAAUAAAACAGAACACAACAAUAACAGCACAACUGGAACUGCUAAACUCGCCAAUAGUGAUGAUAAAAACAGUGGCAAUGGUGAAGACGACACAAGUCGAAGGAGUAGAAGAACUUCUAGUGCAAUUGAACAAUAUGAUGGCGAAGUAAUAAAAACUAAAACUGAAGAAAGAAAAUCUAAUGACAACAGCGAGACCAUCAACUUGUCCAAAGAGCCAAAACCAAUAGAAGAAUUGUUAAAAUACCAGAAAAGAAUGCGCCGAGAUAUCUCUUCAUCACCAUCAACAUCAAUGCAUGAUCCUUUUAUCGAAUUCUUUACUCCCAAUCAUCGCAAAGUACUUGAAGAACAAGAUAAAGAAAUUCGCAAAAGAACUGGCCUUAAAGGAGCCGCUCCUGGUGGGGAUGAUUGGGUUUAUCUCAAUACGUAUUGUCGUGUACCUGAAAAAAUGAUUACGGGCUUUUGUCAGAGUACGCAGGAAUAUUGUCCAGCUAGUCCCCAAGGACCACCAGGACCUCAGGGUCCAAAGGGCUCUACAGGUCCACCAGGGCUGCCAGGUAUACCCGGUCCGAAGGGCAACAGAGGAGACGUGGGUUUACCAGGACCACCUGGUGUAGAUGGUGCCAUAGGUCCUUUAGGACCUAGAGGCCCCAAGGGUGAUAUCGGCGUAUCGGGAAGACAGGGAUUAGAUGGACGAGAUGGUGUACCUGGUGAGCCGGGUUUAGAUGGUGUACCCGGACGUGCUGGCGCUGAUGGUAUACCAGGAAAAGAUGGCAUGCCGGGCAGAGAUGGAAAAGAUGGUCUAAAUGGCAAGGAUGGUAAAGAUGGUUUACCAGGUCCCAAGGGUUCCCAGGGACCACCUGGUGAAAGAGGACUUAAAGGCAUUGCUGGACCCAGAGGCAGGCCAGGAAAGUCCGGAACGAAUGGAACUCCCGGUAUACCUGGUGUAAAUGCUUACAAGGUGCAAGCGAAAAAUGGCACUUUCUUAAGUGAUCUGUUGAUACCACCAUCCAUAGCGGAUACAAAUGCUCCAUACAUACAACGAACUUUAAUUGUGGAAGAAGGAAAAACAUUAAAUUUAAGCUGUGCCGCCACCGGUAAUCCAAUGCCUCAUGUUGAAUGGCGACGGGAUGACGGUCGUACAAUUAAUGUACUUGGAGUUGAAAUGUCAUCCGUAAGUGGUCAGUAUCUGAAAUUUAUAAAUAUAACGAGAAAUCAAAUGGCUGCGUACACAUGCUAUGCGGAUAAUGGUUUAGCACCGGUAGCAAAUGCAACAUUUUUACUGGAAGUGCAAUUUGCACCCAUGAUAUCCGUCUACCGUCAAAUGAUUUAUGCUGAAUACGGUCGUACUGCUACUUUGGAGUGCAUGGUGGAGGCUUUCCCAGAAGCCAUUCGUUAUUGGGAGCGAGCUUAUGAUGGUAAAAUUUUAGACCCCGGAGAAAAAUAUCGCAUUGAAACAUAUCCCGAUGGCUUUAAAACAACAAUGCGUUUAACAAUCAGCAAUUUGCGUAAAGAUGAUUUUGGUUAUUAUCAUUGUGUUGCGCGUAACGAAUUGAAUGCUACAAUGGUUAAUUUCGAAAUAGCACCACAAGAUCCAAAUAGUGAAACACCAUACGUGGGCAAGGAGAUAAAGGUUUACGGCCAAAGACCACCAGAGGCUGAAUGCCCAGUUUGUGAAACAUGUCCAGAUCCAAGUUUAUAUCAAUGUAAGGAUUCGAUUAAUUCCAAUUUCGAAAUUCAACCAACUGGAAAUUAUAGUUAUCCUGGCUUACCAAAACGCAAAAAGAGUUGCAUUUUAUAUGCUGUGGGCAAACCCGUCUUCCAUAAAUAUGUUGAUGAAUUGCAUGGUUCAUGGCUUAAGGAUCCAGCUGCCAAGGAAACGGACCGUGAGAAAACUUUUAUAACCAAAGAAAAGGAUAAUAAACUUCUGUAUGAAUACACAUCCAAAGUGGCGUAUCGUAUGAAUGAUGUGCCACGUAAGCAAUAUGAUUUGGGCAUGGGUUUUCAAGGCAAUGCUCAUGUUGUGUACAAUGGCUCAUUCUAUUACAAUCAAUAUAAUUCGGAUUAUGUGGUGAAAUUAGAUUUGUCUACGGGUAAAAGAAUUUCAACACAAUUGCCGAAUGCUGGAAUUGCAUCUGGUAAUAAAUUGUACUCGACAAAAUACAACUACAUGGAUUUUAAUGUGGAUGAGGUUGGUUUGUGGGUAAUUUACAGCACUUACGAUUCCAACAAUACUCUAGUGGCAAAGUUGGAUGCGGAAAAUCUUAAAGUGCAAUAUAAUUUCAACAUUACAUUGGAUCAUCAUAAAUUUGGUGAGAUGUUUAUUGUUUGCGGUCAUCUGUACGCCAUUGAUUCGUGUACGGACAAAAACUCACAGAUACGUUAUGCCGUUGACUUGUAUCAGGGUAAAUUGCUGAAUGUAAAUUUACCUUUUACGAAUCCAUUUAGUAAGACGACCACAGUUGGCUAUAAUCCUUAUACAGUGGAAUUAUAUUCAUGGGAUCGAGGCAAUUCUCUAACAUACCCGAUACGUUAUAAUGAACACAAUUUAGGGGGUGACCAUGCAUAAAGUAUUCAUUACUUUUUCUUGUAAAUAACAAUGGACACACAAAUGAAAACAACAAAACUAGCAAACUUGAUGGCUCUGCAAUUUUCCGAUUCAUACCAAAAAUAGCUAAAAUCAUUGUAGUUGUCUACCAAAAAAACAAAAAAAAAAAUAAGGGAAAACCAGCCAAAACAUCAAAUAAACUACAGCAUCAUCCUGUGACGUCUAACUGUAUGUGCCAGUAGUGUACAGAGCUAAAUUUUAACCAAAAAUUUAAUGAAAUACCUAAAAACAUGACAACCAACUAGAAAACUGAAACCAAGUUGAAUGAAACAUCAUUACAAAAAAAAAAAACAAAAAAAAAAUUAAUAUCAACAAAAGGACUUAAAACACAAAAAAUAAAAAAUAAACUGAAAAUAAUAAAACUUUUAGAUAAAUUUUAUGCAACAAAUUUUGUACCAGAAAAAUAUUGUAAAAAAAAAACCAAACUUUAAACUUAUUUGUAAUAUUGCUACUACAGAAAAAUAAAUUAAAUAUAAGUAAAACAAAUAGAAAA